UUUGUAACUUCUCAAUAAAGAGAAGUUGAAAACUUCAGUGACAUUUUCUAUUGAAGAUUGAAAAGUGUCAAUAUUGUAAAAAAAACCAUUUCAUUCAUAGCACUUCAAUUAACUUCUGUCUCAGUAUCGCCUUGCCAUCCAUUGGAAUUACUUUGUAAAAAUGGCUUUUGGUAUUUGGGAUUAUGUAGUAUUUUUAACUUGCUUAAUGAUAUCUGCAAGUAUCGGAGUGUACGCUAGAUACAGUGGUGGAAAACAAAAGACAGCUAAUGAGUAUCUAUUAGCUGAUCGAAGUAUGCCAAUCCUUCCUGUCUCAUUCAGUCUUAUGGCGAGUUUUAUCAGUUCAAUUACAUUGCUGGGAGUUUCAAACGAAAUUUAUCAAUACGGGACUCAAUUCGUUGUGAUUAAUGUCUCAUAUGGUCUCGCAACUCCUAUUGUUGCCUACUUAUAUUUACCAGUUUUCUUUAAACUUCAAGCGACAAGUGCUUAUGAGUACUUAGAAAGACGUUUUGGUAAAUCAGCGAGAUUGGCAGCGUCGUUGUCAUAUUCUAUACAAAUGAUCAUGUACAUGGGUAUCGUCUUAUACGCGCCAGCAUUAGCUCUCGAAGCAAUUAUGGGAUUAAACCAAAAUUGGUCAAUAUUGUUAGUAGGUGCUGUUUGUACAUUCUAUUCGACAAUUGGUGGAAUGAAAGCAGUGCUAUUCACCGAUGUCUUUCAAUCAAUUUUAAUGUACAGUGCAGUAUUGGUGAUAGUUGUAAGUGGAUUAAUCAAAGCUGGAGGUUUUGAAGAAAUUUUUCGCGUGGCUGAUGAAGGAAAUAGACUUGAGUUAUGGAAUUUCAAUCCUGAUCCAACAAUACGUCAUACAUGGUUUACUAUCAUGAUUGGAAGUUCAGUAACGUACUUAACACUUUAUGCAGUAAAUCAAGCACAAGUGCAACGAUUAUUGACAGUCAAAGAUUUGAGAUCAGCACAAAUUGCGGUUUGGAUAAAUUGGCCGAUUCUUUCAUUCCUGUCGCUUUCAACAUCGUUCACAGGUCUUGUUCUUUAUUACUAUUAUAAAGAAUGUGAUCCCUUGCAACAAGGCCGAAUAAACUCGAUGGACCAAAAUGUUCCGCUUUAUAUAAUGGAUGCUUUGGGCCAUAUACCAGGAAUAAGUGGAUUGUUUGUGGCUGGAGUUUUCUCAGGAGCUUUAUCAAGUGUUUCAUCCACUUUGAAUUCAUUAGCAGCUGUGACUUUAGAAGAUUAUUUCAAGCCUUUGUAUUUCAAGAUCAAGAAAAAAGAAUGGGAAACAACAUCAGCAACAGUUUCCAAAAUAACAGCUUUCAUUUAUGGAUUAAUUUGUAUUGGUGGAGCUUUCUUAGCUCAAUUUUUUGGUGGAAUUUUACAGGCAUCGCUGGUUUUGUUUGGUGUCAUUGGUGGCCCUCUUUUGAGUAUUUUUACAUUAGGAAUGUGUACUGAAAUGGCUAAUGAAUGGGGAGUGAUACCAGCACUUUUCAUAGGUAUUGGAUUAUCGAUUUGGAUUGGUUUCAGUCCUAAACCACUUCCAGAUCGUCAGCUAGAAUUUUCAACAGAGAACUGUGAAGAAUUUGGAGGGUUAUUUAAAAAUGCAACUCAACCAGUUGAGGAUAAUUCUGAUGAUUUCUUUUACUUAUUUAGACUGAGUUAUUUAUAUGCAGGUGUUAUUGGUUUUCUACUCACUUUUAUUAUUGGGUAUAUUCUGAGCUACAUUUUAAAAGUAUUGAAACAACAAAACAGCGACAAAAUUUAUGUCGAUGAAGCUAAAACAAUAAUUAAUGCUGAUCUGUUCAUGCCACCAAUAGCAAAAUAUAUUAGAAGAAGGAACAAAAAAGAGAAGGAGGACAAAAGCGAUUCAGAGAAUGAAUCAAGCAGCAGUGAAAGCAAAUCCAACUCCUCAAGUGAAUCAGACAGUGAUUCCCACAGUGGAUCAAAUUCAAGCUCAAGUUCAAGUCAAUCAGAUGCAGACGAGAACACCACAAACAAUAACAUUAGCAACAACAGUUCUUCACGGGUUAGUAAACCUGACGAGGAUCAGGUAGCUAAAAGUGAUAACACGUCGCCUGAAGGCACUGAUGAAGACACAAGAACUGGUGCAAUUACAAGCAACAAUGCGAGUCAAUAUCACAAUGAUAAUGGAUCAGAUGAAAGUGAUCAAGAUGAUUCCGAUGCUAUAAGCAACAAUUCAGACAACCAGCAAUUUAGUUCGUCCAAAAGCAGUAUUGAUGAAGAAGAUGUAGCUGCUGCAAAACAAAGAGCAAGAAAAGAAGCCGCAAAGAAGCGUGCAGCUGCACAAAAGAAAAAGACAAAGAAACCUGCACGAAGUCGAUGGAAAGAUACAUCUGAGUCAGACGAUUCUGAUGAAGAUUCAGAAGAGUCAUCAGCAAAACCAGUUCGUAAGCCACCUGCCAAAAAGCCAACCUCAUUGAAACCAAAAGCAAAGAAAAAUGGUUCGUCGGAUGAGAGUUUCAGAGAUGGUUCGCUUAAUCAUAAAAGAUUAGUGACAUCGCGUCGAGGAAAGACCGUCAGUUAUAAGGAAGCCAGUGAAGAUGAACAAACGGGAUCGGAAGAUUUAGUUGACAUCGAUGUGAAUGAAGAGAGUCGUCCAUUGACACCUGACGACAACACAGAAACUAUCGAAAGAAUUGUAAAGAAUUGGAAGAAGCGUAUUGCAAAUCCAGAGGAUAUUGACUAUUACGAAUGUCAACUUGAGCUCCAUCAAGAACUGCAAAAGAGUUACAACUUCAUCGAGAGAAUUAUAGCGAAACAAGAGAAGCCUGAAGGUGCUGUCGACUAUCUUUGUAAGUGGGAAUCAUUGCCAUACUCAGAGGCAACAUGGGAAGACUCAAAACUUGUACAACGAAAAUGGCAAACAAAAAUUGAUGAAUUUCUUAAUCGAGAAGCAUCAAAGGCAACGCCAUCGUCUCAUUCCGUUGUGCUUCGUCGUCGUCCAAAGUUUGUGAAAGUUGAAAAGCAACCGGAAUACAUGGGAGUUGAUCGUGGUUUAGAAUUGCGUGAUUAUCAAAUGCAAGGAUUAAAUUGGCUGAAUUUAAGUUGGUGUAAAGAGAAUUCAGUGAUUCUAGCUGAUGAAAUGGGAUUGGGAAAAACAAUUCAAACCAUUUGCUUCUUGUAUUAUCUCUUCAAAACUCAUCAACUUUAUGGACCAUUUCUUUGUUUGGUGCCAUUAUCGACGAUGACAGCAUGGCAAAGAGAAUUUCAAAUCUGGGCACCCGACUUAAAUGUUGUCACAUACAUUGGCGAUGUUCAAAGUCGCGAAAUGAUUCGUCAAUAUGAUUGGUGUUUCUCAAGUACAAAACGAAUGAAAUUUAACGCUAUUCUUACGACUUAUGAGAUCUUAUUGAAAGAUAAAAUGUUCCUUGGAUGUAUCAAUUGGGCAGCUUUGCUUGUUGAUGAAGCUCAUCGAUUAAAGAACGAUGAUUCACUUUUGUAUAAAGCAUUAAAAGAAUUCAACACAAAUCAUCGUCUUUUAAUCACUGGAACACCUUUACAAAACAGUUUGAAGGAGCUUUGGGCUCUUUUACAUUUUAUAAUGCCACAAAAGUUUACAACGUGGGAAGAUUUCGAGAAAGUCCAUGGCAAUGCUAUGGAGAAAGGUUACACGAAACUUCACAAGGAACUUGAGCCUUACAUCUUAAGAAGAGUCAAGAAAGAUGUUGAGAAGAGUUUGCCAGCUAAAGUUGAGCAGAUUCUUCGUGUUGAAAUGACAACCAUACAAAAGCAGUACUACAAAUGGAUUUUGACGAAAAAUUUCGAAGCUUUAUUGAAAGGAAGAAAAGGAUCAACGUCGACGUUUCUUAAUAUCGUCAUUGAACUGAAGAAAUGUUGCAAUCAUGCGAUGUUAAUUAAGCCACCAGAUGAUGAAAAGCCAAUGCCAACGCAGGAAGAUGUGCUUAAGGAGAUUUUAAAGGGCAGUGGGAAACUCGUUUUGUUAGAUAAAUUAUUGUGUCGAUUAAAGGAGACUGGACAUCGUGUUUUGAUCUUCUCGCAGAUGGUUAGAAUGUUGGAUAUUCUUGCUGAAUAUCUUACAAAGCGACACUUUUCCUUCCAAAGACUUGACGGUUCAAUUAAAGGAGAAAUGCGUAAACAAGCAUUGGAUCAUUUUAAUGCUGACGGUUCUCAGGAUUUUUGUUUUCUUCUUAGUACUCGAGCUGGUGGUUUAGGGAUCAAUUUAGCAACAGCUGACACUGUAAUUAUCUUUGAUAGUGAUUGGAAUCCUCAAAAUGAUCUUCAAGCUCAAGCGAGAGCUCAUCGAAUUGGUCAGAAGAAUCAAGUGAACAUUUAUCGACUUGUGACAGCUCGAAGUGUUGAAGAAGAAAUUGUUGAAAGAGCGAAACAGAAAAUGGUGCUGGAUCAUCUUGUUAUUCAACGAAUGGACACAACUGGAAGAACUGUUCUCGAUAAGAAUGGAACAAACAUGAAUGGAGCGAAUCCGUUCAGUAAAGAAGAACUUUCAGCCAUUUUAAAAUUUGGGGCAGAAGAAUUGUUUAAAGAUGAGGAAGAAGGUGAUGACGAGCCACAAUGUGACAUUGAUGAGAUUCUAAGACGUGCUGAGACAAGAGAUGAAGUUCCAGCGAUGGUAGGCGAUGAACUUUUAAGUUCAUUUAAAGUUGCGAGCUUCACAUUUGAUGAAGAUAAAGUCGCCAUCAUGAGUCCCAAGCAAAAAGUUGAGCAAGAAGAAGUUGAUGAUAUAAAAGAUUGGGAAGUUAUCAUUCCAGAAAGUUUUCGAAGGAAAGUCGAACAAGAGGAGAGAAAUAAGGAACUUGAAGAUCUCUAUUUGCCACCACGACAACGUAAGCAAGUUCUGCAAGAGGAACAGGAGAGACUUGAAAAAGAAAUAGAGAAAGGAAAGAGUAAGAAAGGUAAAAAACGAAAAAAGUCUGAUGAAGUUGAUCCAUCAGAUGAUCCAUCAGAUAAUAGCGAAGAUGAUCGACCAAAGAAACGUGGCCGACCACCAGUGAAAGAAAAAAUUCCAAAUUUCUCUGAUACAGAACUUCGAAGAUUCAUUAGAAGUUAUAAGAAGUUCCCAGUACCGUUGAAACGGCUUGAAGCUAUCGCAUGUGACGCUGAACUCCAAGAGAAGCCACUGAACGACCUCAGGAAAAUCGCAGAAAUGCUUCGUGAACGUUGUGUGACUUUCUUAGAAGAACACAAAGAUUUGGAUGUGGCAAUGACGAGUGAGAAGAAACGUGGGGCAAGAGCCGGAUUUAGUGUGAAAUUUGGCGGUGUUUCGUUUAAUGCAAAGACUUUGAUGGCGUGUGAAGAAGAGCUUGCACCUCUCGAUGAAGUUAUGCCAAACACACCAGAAGAACGUCUUGAAUGGACGUUGGAAAUUAAAACACGGCCAGCUAACUUUGAUGUUGAAUGGAAUGCUGACGAUGAUUCGAAACUUCUUUGUGGCAUUUAUCAGUAUGGCAUUGGAAGUUGGGAGGCAAUGAAAAUGGAUCCAUCAUUGAAUCUCGGUGAUAAAAUUCUCAGUAAUGAUAACAAGAAACCUCAGGCAAAACAUUUACAGUCACGAGCUGAAUAUCUUUUAAAGAUUAUAAAGAAAAAUGUAGAAUUGAAACGGGGUAAUGUCAAACAACGACGACAAAGAAAGCCGAAGGAAGUGAAGAAGGAUAUUGACGAGAAUAAAAAGCCUGAAGAUGAUGUCAAACAUUUAGCUGAUGAGAUUGGAAAUGGCGUCGAGAAAAAGAAGAAAAAAGAUAAAGAAACGAAGAAAUCGAAAAAGAAGCAAGAAAGUGCAAACAAACCAAUGCACUUUACAGCUAACAAUGAACCGCGAGCGCUUGAUGUUCUCGGUGAUUUAGAUCCAAAUAUUUUUAAUGAAUGUAAAGAGAAAAUGCGGCCAGUUAAGAAAUCUUUAAAAGCAUUAGACGGUGGUGGACAUCAUGGCGUGAGUGCCGAAGAACAAAUCAAUCAUAAACGUGAAUGUUUACUUCGUAUUGGAAGUCGAAUUGAUGAAUGUCUUGCUGAACAUAAUGAUCCUGUUAAGAUUAAAGAAUGGCGAAGUAAUUUGUGGUAUUUUGUGUCGAAAUUUACUGAAGACAAUGCAUCAAAGUUGUUUAAAAUGUACAAGAAUGAGAAAGCGAAGGAGAAUGGAACGAAGGAAGGUGAAUCAACAUUGAAAAGUGAAAAGAAAGAAAAGCAUCAUCAUCACCACCAUCAUCAUCAUCAUCGUCACAGCAACAAUCAUUCGUCAAAUCAUAUCAGUGAAGAGAAGGAAAGAAAGAAGGAGAAAAAGAAGAAAGAUCAUCAACAUAAUCGUGAUAAGGUUCAUGAAAAAUAUGCAUCACAUGAGUUCAACGAUGAAAUCAAUGAUUCACAUAGCAAAAGACGUUUAGAAAGAGAGGAAGGUGAAAUUGAUGACAGUAAAGAAUAUAAAAGAUUAGCUGGAGAAGCAAGAAGUCGAGAUAAGAAAUGGGAUGAAUAUGGUAGAACAACAUCGAGAACAUCUCGAGGGCCACCAACAACACCACAGAGACUUUAUCAAGAUAGAUAUGAAACAUAUCCAAGAGAAAGAUAUCCGAGUGACCAUAAACGAGACAGGUAUGAGGGAUAUAACAACAGUCGUUAUCAUCGUGACCGUGAACGUGAAAUAGGCGUUAAAAAAAGUCGCAAUUACCCGCCACCUUCCAUGGCCUACGCAAAUCAUUAUGCAAGUCACGGAUAUUAUCCACCACCUGAUAUUUCACCUGGAUAUCGUGAACGUCAUCCGCAUAUACCGCCAGAGUACUACCCAGAAUAUAGUCGCAGCAGAGAAUAUGAUCGAAGACCGCCAACAUAGUUUAAUAUUGAUUACUUCCACAUGUACACAGGAAGCACCAUUGCAUUGCAUUUCUCUUUAUAAUUAUAAUUUCAUUUUUAUUCUUAAUCUCUAUUUGUAAAUAACUUUUAGUUUAAUUAAAAUAUAAAGCUGAAAUUGUCCUGAAUGAGAAUGGUGAGAAUGAUUUUCAAUUUCUAAGUUCAAUUAAAACAAAGUCAAAUCUGUUAAGCGUGUUCAUCAGUCAUUUCAUUUGUCUGCUCUUCUAGAAUAAUUUUUAGCAUAAUAAUUAGUACGAAAACUAUUUUUGUAUUUCUUAUCUUAUGUUGCUGAGACAUUUGUGUUGCAUAUGUAUCUGAUAAAUUAUUAAGUAUUUUUUUUCUUCCUUCAAUUAAUUGAUAAGUUGAAGUCCCAAAUCUGAUGAGUUUAAUUUAUUGAGUUUUCUUUCUUUUGGAUAUGAAUGAGGAAAUAAUCUUAUGAAUAAAAAAAUGAAAAGCUCUAAUAAGAA